ACAUCAAACUGCAUCAUGUUAAAAAACACUCUACUCUUGUCUCUUCAGAUGAGUCUCGUGGGAAUCACUCUUGGUGGGAAUGUUCUGAUUUGGCCAACGGAAGGUAGUCAUUGGCUAAAUAUUAAGAUAAUUAUAGAUGAGCUGAUUAAAAAACAGCAUAAUGUGACUGUCCUAGCUUCUUCUGCUGCACUUUACAUCAAGCCCACCCAUACUCCAUCUCUGACAUUUGAAGUAUAUAAAGUGGCCUCUGGCCCAGAAAAAAAUGCAGAAGUGCUCAGGAACUUUGUUUUGACCUGGUUGGAAAAUAGACCAUCCCCUUCAACCAUUUGGAGAUUCUAUCAUGAAAUUGGCAAAGUCUUAGAGGACUUCCACAGGAUGUGUAGAGGAAACUGUGAUGGUGUUCUCAAAAACCAAAAGCUGAUGGAAAAGCUGAAGAAAAGCAAAUUUGAGGUCAUGGUAUCAGAUCCAGUAUUUCCUUGUGGUGAUAUAAUAGCUUUAAAACUUGGAAUUCCAUUUAUGUACACCUUGAGGUUUUCUCCAGCAUCGACAGUGGAAAAACACUGUGGGAAAACACCAUACCCUCCUUCCUACGUUCCUGCCAUUUUAUCAGAACUCACUGACCAGAUGCCUUUUACUGACAGAAUAAGAAAUUUCAUCUCCUACCAUCUACAGGACUACAUCUUUGACAGUCUUUGGAAAUCAUGGGAUUCCUACUAUAGUGAAGCUUUAGGAAAACCCACUACAUUAUGUGAGACUAUGGGGAAAGCAGAAAUUUGGCUAAUGAGGACAUAUUGGGAUUUUGAAUUUCCUCGUCCAUACUUACCUAAUUUUGAGUUUGUAGGAGGACUGCAUUGUAAACCUGCCAAACCAUUGCCUAAGGAAUUGGAAGAAUUUGUCCAAAGUUCAGGUGAACAUGGUUUUGUGUUGUUUACUCUGGGUUCAAUGGUCAAAAACCUCACAGAAGAAAAAGCCAGUCUCAUUGCCUCAGCCCUUGCUCAGAUUCCACAGAAGGUUUUAUGGAGAUACACAGGAAAUAUACACACAUUAGGAGCCAAUACCCGACUCUAUGAGUGGAUGCCCCAGAAUGAUCUUCUUGGUCAUCCCAAAACCAAAGCUUUUAUCACUCAUGGUGGAACAAAUGGAAUCUAUGAAGCCAUUUAUCAUGGGGUUCCUAUGGUAGGAGUUCCCAUGUUUGCUGAUCAGUAUGAUAACAUUGUUCACAUGAAGGCCAAAGGAGCAGCUGUGGAAGUGAACAUAAACACAAUGACAAGUGCAGAUUUGCUCAAUGCCUUGAGAACAGUCAUUAAUGAUCCUUCUUACAAAGAGAAUGCUAUGAGGUUAUCAAGAAUUCAACACGAUCAACCUAUAAAGCCCCUGGAUCGAGCGGUCUUCUGGAUCGAGUUUGUCAUGCGCCACAAAGGAGAACACCUUCGGCCAGCUGCUCACAAUCUCACCUGGUUCCAAUACUUCUUGGAUGUGAUUGGGUUCCUGCUGACCUGUGUGGCAGCUGCUGUAUUUUUGGUCACAAAAUGUUGUUUAUUUUCUUGUCGAAAAGUUGGUAAAACAGGAAAGAAAAAAAAGAGGGAAUAACAUCAUUUCCAGUGUGAUGAAGGCCUAAAUGGGCAAUCCUUUUCAGUUUCACCACAAUGACCUAAUGAAAAUAUAUCAUGCUUUCAAAAUUUCUAUUUUUUUCUAACUUAGUCCACAGGAAAAGCCAAGAAUUGGACAGUAUCAUUAACUAGCAAGCAUGUCCCAUUCUUCCUUUUUCUUUUGUCAGAUGGUAUUACCCCCUUCCUCUCACUUUCCUGGCAUAGGGACAUUAAUAAUUUUAUGUAUAUUCUAUACAAAAUAUCAAAACUUUAUUUUUAACCCUAAGCAAUAUGCUACUAAUAAUAUGCUACAUUCUGGGGAACUUAAUAAAUAUGAGUUAAGUUAGAUGGAUAUAAAGGACACAACAUAGGAAACUAAAAUUCACAAGAGUCCUCUGGAACAUACAAGUCAGGGAAACAUCAUAGAAGAUUAAUAUGUUAUAAGAAUGGUAGUUAUUUUUUUUCAUAAAAUUAAGCCUUUCUGCUUGCCUAAUAUUACUAGGGUCAGACCAUAAAUUGAUAACUGGAUAGUACAUCACACUCAGACAAGUCUACAAAUUUCCAUUGAACACAUACAUAAUCAUGACUUAUGUUCCACCUGGGUACCCUUUAGUGCAAAGGUCUGGGCAUUACCUUCAAACAAAAGUGAACAAUUAAGUCAUUAUUUUUCUCAAGGACAGAGAAUGUAGCAAUAAUUAAAGGUAAACAGAUA